AUGAAGAGGUUCCUGGCUCUCCUCCUGGCCACUCUGGCUCUUUGCUGCUAUGAAGCUAAUGCUGGAGUAGUAUGUCCUCCAGUUGCUUUUGAAAGCUUCAUCUUCCUGGGAGGAACGAAGGCACAGUUGGCUGCCGAACUUGCCAAAUACGGUGCUCCUCCUGAAGCAGUUGCAGCAAAAAUGGAAGUGAAGAAAUGUGUAGAUAAAAUAGACAUUGUAAAAGAAGAACUAAUUAAAAAAACUCUGAUAGCAGAGAAAACUGGGAAGAUCCAAGAUCCACAAGUUCAACAAGAAAAGAUGGCUGACUGA